GUGAUUUAUAGUGAAAAAUAAAACUGUGUAAUAAUAAUAUGAAUUAAUAUAAACGCAAUUUAUACUUGCGGUUAAAAUCAAAUAGUAAGAUCAAUUCCUUCCCAACAUAAGAGACCCGUAGCCGUAAGUGUAUCGCCCAUCGGCUAUAGUUAGUGAGUCAGAGACUUAAAGAGGGAUCAAUUAGUCCGAUGAUAUGACCUCUGGUGCCGAUGAUUGCACGUAGGAGUCGAGUGAUUAGGAACAGUUAGCACGGCCACGGACUAGUGGAUACAACAAUACUAUUGGCACAGGGACACGAAUGUUUUGACUGAAACUCAGAAAAAGCAAAACAUUUAUAUUUAUUUGUUCAAGUUAACCGAAGCCAUGCAGCAAUUCCAAGUGGAAGAACGCAGGACCGAUGGGAACGGUAUGGUGACAUCUGAACCCCACGUUACGAUAGCUGAGGUUGAGCGCCAAGAAGUAGGCAAUAAAGGAAGACAAGGCACCAAAAGUAGUCGAUUUGAUCCCGAAGCAAUAGUACAAGCCAUGAAGGAUCACUACUUGUUAGUUAUUAAAGUUGUGCUUUUGGGGUUGUCCAUCAUAUGCGUGGGCCUACUCGAUGAUCCCGUUCAUCAAGGCAAUUUUCCUCCGGUAUCAACACGCUACGUGGCCCUGGCGUACUCGACGUACAGCAGCUACAUUAUUAUUUUAGGCGCUCUUCUCUUAGGCAGAGGCUUAGGUGAACGCUUCCCAUGGAGGACUUGGUCUAUUUUGGCAAUUACCGGUGCUGCCUUAUUCAUCGCUGUAGCCGCUGUUCUACUAGUAGACUGGUCAAACCUGACCUACAAUCCGAUCUGGCACCCUAACACCCAUCGCCUGGACCUGUUAUGCGCGUCAGGCGCUUUGGCCGUACCCACAGCUGCCCUUUUCAUUUUGGACGCCGUGCUGACUUGCAGACGCGGCCAAGUGUCGGAUGACUGAUGUCCGUACUGUUGCGUACGCGGACCGAGCGUUUACACAUGCAGUUAAACGAAAUAUUGGGAAUGUAUCACAUGUUACACGCUGAAUGCAAAAUCUUAAAUGAGACUAUUAGUUUUUUCUUUUUUUUUUAAACUGUAACGUUGAAUUUAGUACACAUAUAAAAGUAAAAUAAUUAUGUUAAAUAUCAAGCAGAAAGUAUAAAGAAUUAAACAGCAUCUCACAACUUAUGUUAAUUGAAUUUGGACGCUGUGAGAUAAAUGAUCAAAAUAGAUAAUAAAAAAAUAUAUUGCUUGUAUCUUGAUAAUUUUAGUGGAAAUUUUGCAUUCAUAGUUUAACAUGUGAGCGUUAACUAAUAAUGAUACCCGCGGUGUUGAAAUAUAUUUUUAAAUGAUAUACGUAUUUUUUUCAAUGUUCCGCAUAUUCGUGUCUGUCUGUCACCUCUAUUAUUUCUAUCUUAUAUAAUUAAACAAUAUAUAUAUAUAUAUAUAUAUAUAUAUAUAUAUGUAUAUAUGUAUACGCACAGCUUCAUUAGAUCGCAUAUAUUGUUAUAUAUUAAGAUAUGUCUAAUAUAAGCUCAUUGAACAUAAUUGAUUAUAAAUCACACUUACUUUACUAUAUGAAAAAUCUCGAAAAACAUAUGUUAUUACUAUAAAUAUUUGAUCAUAAUAUAUUUGAAAACAAUACAAUUAGUUGCAAUGAUACGGUUCUAAUUGUAAGUCAUAAAUAUAUAAGAUAUAUAUUUAUACUAUAGUCAUAAAUUUAAAAAUUCGUAUCGCAAAUAAUUUGAUUAUAUAAUGUAAAUAUUUAUUAUUGAUACAAAUGCACUUAAAAGCUUUGAAUGUGCCUUAAAAUUUAUAUUUAAAUGUCAAAAAAUGUAAAAUCAACUCUAAUGUUGAAGUAAAAUACUGCAAAAUUAAUAAUAAACCAAAUAAAUAGAAGAACGCUUAAAAACCAAAGAGGAUGUUGAUCCAAAUUUUGUUAUAAAUAUAUUUACAAAAAUCAAUGUGUUAUAUUUUAUCGUUAGUACAAACUCCAUAUAAGUAAAAUUAUUAAUUUUAACAAUAUACAAUAUGUUAUUGUUAUUACACAGAAAACAUUACACCUUCUCUAUUUUGUGAUCUACUCAAUCAAUUUAUAAUUCGUUGACAUAGACAUCGGCUUCCAAGCUAACUAAUUAUUAUACAUUUUAUAUCUAUUAUUAGUUAUAUAGAUAAAAUUGUUGAUGUCACAUCAGAGCACUUUAAAUGUUCAUAGAAUUCAAUG